AUCUCACCCAUACCCUCUGCAAUCGAUCUUGUACUCCAUCGCAAGAUCUCGCUCUCUCGCUCUCCAUCUGUCCGCCAUCUGUCCGCCAUCUGUCCACCGUCAGUCCAAUCACCCUCCAGACUGCCCCUCGAGAAAAAGAGAGAGAGAGAGAGACCACCCUCACCUCCACCGGCACCCGCUCCCUCACACCACGAGCAGCUGGUUCUGCACUCCAUCCUCGCACCCCAGCCGAGUCUCUACAUCUCGCGGCACUCUUCCACAAUGGGUCUCAAGGCAUUGAUCCUCGUGGGCGGCUUCGGCACGCGUCUGCGUCCUCUCACCCUCACCCUCCCCAAGCCCCUGGUCGAGUUCGGCAACCGUCCCAUGAUUCUGCACCAAAUCGAGGCUCUCGCAGCCGCCGGCGUUACUGACAUCGUGCUCGCCGUGAACUACCGCCCGGAGAUGAUGACGGCGGCGCUGAAGAAGUAUGAGGAAAUGUACAAGGUCAACAUCACCUACUCGGUCGAGACGGAGCCAUUGGGCACUGCAGGCCCGCUCAAGUUGGCGGAGCGCAUCCUCGGCAAGGACGACCAGCCAUUCUUUGUGCUCAACUCCGAUGUCAUUUGCGAAUACAACUUCCCCGAGCUCGCCGCGGCGCACAAGGCCCAUGGCCAGGAAGGCACGAUUGUGGUGACCAAGGUGGAGGAGCCAUCCAAGUAUGGUGUGAUUGUGCACCGGCCUGACCACCCGACGCGCAUUGAGCGCUUCGUUGAGAAGCCUGUGGAGUUUGUGGGCAACCGCAUCAACGCCGGUCUAUACAUCCUCAACCCAUCCGUGCUGAAGCGCAUUGAGCUGCGACCGACGUCCAUUGAGCAGGAGACAUUCCCCGAAAUGGUCAAAGAGGGACAACUGCACUCUUUUGAUCUCGAGGGCUUCUGGAUGGACGUCGGUCAGCCCAAGGACUUUUUGUCGGGCACAUGUCUGUACCUGUCUUCCCUCACCAAGAAGGGCAGCGAUCUCCUCACACCGGUGUCAGAGCCGUUUGUGAAUGGAGGUAACGUCAUGAUUGAUCCCUCGGCCAAGAUUGGCAACAACUGCAAGAUCGGACCCAACGUGGUCAUUGGGCCGAAUGUGGUGAUUGGAGACGGGGUGAGAAUACAACGAUCGGUGCUGCUCUCUGGCAGCAAGGUCAAGGAGCACGCAUGGGUCAAGAGCACCAUUGUGGGCUGGAAUAGCACGAUCGGUCGAUGGGCACGCAUGGAGAAUGUGUCGGUGCUCGGCGACGACGUGACGAUUGGCGAUGAGAUUUAUUGCAACGGGGCUUCUGUGCUCCCGCACAAGAGCAUCAAGGCCAAUGUGGAGACUCCCGCGAUCAUCAUGUAAUCGAGCACACGCCACACGAACGCGUGUCCCUCUCCCUUUUCUCUCUUUGACGACCAUCAUCAGUCGAGUCGGCAUGUGCAAAGCAUCGGAGAUUCUUCACUCUAUAUCCAGCGACGGGAAAGAAAAACAAAAAACACAAAAAUUGCAUGAGUGGCCAUCAGCCUGGCUUCAGUUCAUCAGGCAAGGCAUAUGCGGGGCGAGGGGGGUGCGGGGCGGUACAGGGCGUUUCACGGCGCGUUCGGGCGCCUGCGUAUACAAGGCGACGGGUAGUGUGUGUGCGUGUGUGUGUAGGCAAAGCAAGCAAGCAUGAUUAUUGCCAGCCCCAGCUUCCUCACAUUUCGAUUCAUGUGUUGGGAGGAAAAAAAGGUGUGUGGAGGACAAGGUACAGGUAGGUAGUAAUAAGAAAAGACUCUCUUUGUCCGAUGGGAUGAUGUGGGUUCGGUAGGUAGGUACAGCAGGUCAGGUAGGUAGGGAUACGGAAGGACAGAAAAAAGAAUCAUCCAC